GGCUCGGGAGGCUGCCGGGCCGGCGAGGCUUCGCCAAGCAGCCCGGCCCGGGUCGGGCGCAGCCAUGGCGCCGUCGGGGCUGCUCGGAGCGUCGUCGUGCUGGCUGCUGGGGACCGUCGCGGUCUGGCUGGGCCCCCGCGUCGCGGCAGGGUCGGCUGAUAGCGCUCAGGGGCCUGCCCACGACUUUCCCAAGGACCUGAAUGUUCUUUUUGUGAUUGCGGACGACUUGCGCCCUGCCCUGGGUUCUUAUGGGGACCCCCUUGUGAGGUCACCAAACAUUGAUCAGCUGGCCUCCAAAAGUGUGGUGUUCCAGAAUGCUUUUGCCCAGCAAGCUGUCUGUGCCCCAAGCAGAGUGUCCUUUCUCACAGGGCGCAGACCUGAUUCCACAAGGCUGUAUGACUUUAAUUCGUACUGGCGAAUACAUGCAGGAAAUUAUACCACGUUGCCUCAGUACUUCAAGGAGAAUGGAUAUAUCACGAUGUCCGUGGGGAAGAUCUUUCACCCAGGCAUCUCCUCAAAUCACAGUGAUGAUUAUCCGUACAGUUGGUCUAUCCCGGCUUUUCAUCCCUCUUCUGAAAAAUAUGAAAACAAACAGGUUUGCAAAGGGAAAGACGGAAAGCUUCAUGCCAACUUGAUCUGUCCUGUGGAUGUUGCCAAGAUGCCUGAGGCUACUUUGCCAGAUAUCCAAAGCACAGAGGAAGCCAUCCGUUUGUUGAAGUUCAUGAAAAGAAUCAAGAGAAAGUUUUUUCUGGCUGUUGGCUAUCAUAAACCUCACAUCCCAUUCAGGUACCCUCAGAAAUUUCUCAAAUUAUAUCCAUUGGAAAACAUCACCUUGGCCCCCGAUCCAGCAGUUCCUAAAGAACUCCCUUCAGUUGCCUACAAUCCCUGGAUGGACCUGCGACAGAGGGAGGAUGUUGCAGCCCUGAACCUCAGUUUCCCAUAUGGGCCAAUUCCAGAACACUUCCAGCGGAAGAUUCGCCAGAGCUAUUUUGCAUCCAUCUCCUACGUAGACACACUGGUCGGAGAGUUGCUGAAUGCCCUGGAUGAGGCAGAGCUGUCUCACAACACGCUGGUUGUGUUCACCGCAGAUCACGGCUGGUCACUGGGUGAACAUGGCGAAUGGGCAAAGUACAGCAACUUUAACGUAGCCACGAGAGUGCCACUGAUGUUCUACGUGCCAGGAAUGACAACUCUGAUCUCUGAUCCAGGACAGAACGUUUUUCCGUUCAUUGACCCCUUUGCUCAAGACUCAAGCUCCGGGCCUCAAGGAAAACCCAAAGAAAUGGUUGAGUUGGUGUCUCUCUUCCCAACUCUUGCAGAACUAACUGGACUGAAAAUUCCUCCUGCCUGCCCUCAGCCUUCAUUUCACGUCCCUCUGUGUAGUGAAGGGAAAAGCAUGGUUCAGUAUUUCCCAUCCUCCAGUGGAGGGCAGGAGAACCAUGGCAUUGAACACAACGACUCAGAAACCCCGGUUGCCUUCAGCCAGUAUCCGCGACCUGGAGACACCCCUGCACAGAAUUCUGACUUGCCGUCGCUUCAUAAUAUACGAGUCAUGGGCUAUUCCAUUCGCACGGCUGAUUACAGGUGUACUGUCUGGUUUGGGUUUAACCCCAACAACUUCACGGUCAACGUGAAGGACAUCCACGGUGGAGAGCUGUAUUUUGAGAAGAGCGACCCCAGCGAAGAUCAUAACCGGUACAAAGAUGUCCUGCAUGGGUUCUUUACGCCAAAGCUUUGCAACAUAGUCAGUCACUUAAAAUUGGGGUCUACUUCAGUUUGACGGACCUCCACUAUGGACUUGACUGGCAGGUGAUUUGUGUGUAUGUCGUGCUUUGUGUUAUACAGAGAGGCCUCUGAGGGUAGCCAUUUUUGUAACAAAAGGUUUUAAAUGCUGAAAUAAUAAUGAAUUUAAAUAUAUAUAUAUAUGUUCAUUAAAAGAAAUCUCCCCCUGUCA